UGAGCCCACCAAGCCACCGCAUUCUCGAGCGUUCGUCUCGACUGGUCUCCCGGUUCGUUACGUUCGUGAAAAUCGCUCUCGGAAAUAUAUCUCCGUCCGUGUAUAACCAAGUCUUUUCUCUUUAUAACCCCUUCAUUUUUCUAAACCCGUUAUUCCAACAUUCGCGUUAAUCAAUUGAACGGGUGUUUGUGCGCGUGGUUGUCAUUGUUUCUACAUUUCUCUCGCGUGUCUCGAAGUUUCUGAAACAUCGAGGGUACUUUGCCAUUUUUUUUCUCUCCCUCGUUAUUCGGUGCUGUUCGUUCUUCGCGAACUGCCGCGGAUUUCCGCGGCUCCGUUCGACGUUGGUGAAAAAUUGAACGAAGUAUCAACAUUUCAGAAUCAUCUUUAAACGAUUCCUCGUAUUUUCGAGCCUGAAAUCUCGUUUGUGUUGCGCAUCCCAUUGUGUGAUCUAGCGAUACACGAAACUUGAGAACUUCGUUCGAGAGUCGUGAGAAAGAUCAGCGAAACGAGAGAAAAAUUCUGAAGAAUUUAAGUGGCGACGACGUCGCCACCCGAAUCAUCGCUUCUCGCAGUUUUUCAGUUCUUCAUACACACAAGAAAAAUAAGUGCUUGUGCUUUACGUGAUUAUUGCGAUUCGAUUGUUUACGUUUCCCGCCCUUCGAGAGUUCAAGGCUCAACAAGAAUCUCUCGUACGUGUUGUAUUUUUUCUACAAGCUGUGAAUUCACUCGGUGCUCCUCUCCGCGUGUGUCUGUGUACGUGUUUGUGUCACGGUGAGACGAGUGCUCGCGAGUGUACCGUCUUGUUAAUAAAACGAUAAAAUAAUGGAUAAAUAUUCCAAGUUUCUCAUUAGCAAACACAUGCCUCGUUCGAAUAAUUUGAUUUCAUAAUGCUUCGAGUGAUCUACAAGAAACGUGGAUGAACGAUUAUGCGCGCAAGAAAAAGUUAAAAACUAAGAUAAAAUAGAGCAGCGAGGAAGGAGAAGGCGUCUCGUAUCCGUCGACGAAAAAGUGGAUAUUCCAGUGAGAAAACGCAUAAACUCAGGUCCCAAGUUCCCAACCGGAAAAGCUGCUGCUUUGACGUCAUAAAAGGGUGAAAAACACAAGUUUCAAGAUACCAGUAAGAAGAUAUAAAAACGUCAAGAUGAUGGGCAAAAGAACGCAGUGUUAUUUGUGCGAUUUGCCGCGUAUGCCAUGGGCCAUGAUAAUGGAAUUUUCAGAGCCGGUAUGCCGAGGUUGCGUAAACUACGAGGGUGCUGAUCGCAUCGACGUUGUUCUCGAGUCGGCCAAGCAGUUGAAGAAAGCUCACGGUUUUCAAGACACCAGGCCAAGUGUCGCGGUCAAAUCUUACAGAUCUUCGGGCGGUGGUGGCCACGCCGAGCACAACGGUGGCGGCAACAUCGACGUUUUACCGAUCCAGAACGCUCCUGCCCAAUCGCACUCGCGACAUCACAAUCUCGCCAACUAUCCCCAGCUCGCCCACCACCGGAAUUCCAUAACCGAUUUCAAUUCCGGUGCAACGAGACAGCAACAGGCCCAACAGCAACAACAAAUGGCACGACACGAGGACACCUCUCACGAAAUCGGCAACGGCCUCAGAGCCGGGAACAACGUCAGAAUAUCGAGCGCUCAUCUCACCGCUGUCGCGCAUCACGUCAACCUCAGUCACAAUCGCAGCACUCAACUCAAGCGCGGUCUCUCCUCGAUCGACGACGACGAACAUCCCGAAAAAAGAUUGUCCCUCGAGGAACAGCAUCCCGUUAGACCUCCUCUCACUCGCGGUGACUCUCUACCCGCGGUGUCACUCGCCGUCAACUACGUUCAAGACAGAAACAAGGAUAAGCAUCCUGUCAGAGCACCCAGCUUCGAAACUGCUACCACUUUCAAAGCUAAUGGCGGCUAUGUCGGACCCUCGAUUCCUCUGGCACCGGCUAAUGUUGCGACGAACGGUGGUGGCGGAUCGCCCCUUCGUCCUAGAACCAGCCCUCCUCCACCACCUCCACCAAAUCAGGAACCUGGUGUAGGAAAUCCACAAUCGAAUCAUCAUCAGGGUACGGGGAGCGGACCUUCCCCGAUGGCAGCUCUCAUGUCCGUAGCCGAUACACUUACGUCUCCCGAACCAGUGCCACAACCACCUAACAAUCCGAGCCCGACGAGCAGGAGCCCACCUACGACAGCCUCCAAUGCUCAGCAACGAAGUGUUUCCAGAGGCUCGCAACACAGUCCUAACAGUUCAGGCUCAGGAUCGGGCAGAAGAUCGAGCAGUUCGAGCUCCAGACACGUGUCCUCGACCACCGUGAUGACCUCGUCCGAAGGUGCGACGACGCAGCCGACAACGGCCGGUACAGAACCGGUAACAGCUCCGGCUCUCAAAUGUACACUGUGUCAGGGACGUCUCGAGGACACCCAUUUCGUACAGUGUCCCAGUGUUCCCCAUCACAAAUUCUGCUUUCCCUGCAGUCGUGACAGUAUAAAGAGACAGGGUGCAGGCUCUGAGGUUUAUUGUCCGAGCGGUGAGAAAUGUCCGUUGGCUGACAGUCAAGUACCGUGGGCAUUUAUGCAGGGUGAAAUAGCGACCAUCCUAGCGGAGGACACUGCUAGCUCAGGUCUAAAGGUAAAGAAGGAGCGCGAGACUUAAAGGGACCUCAGUCAAUAACCGUUGGUUUUUUCGAGGCUCAAAUUUUCAAAUCCGCUCUUCAUCAUUGGCGAUGCGCAACACUAGCGAACCAACAAGAAAAGCACAAAAUAAGAAAACAUCGAAAAUUGUUGUGCUGUUGAGCGAGAAGUCCGAAGAUGAUGAAGAGUUUUAGGAGAAAUGUUUCGGUGGAAAACCGUGAAGGGCUCCACCGGACAAAACUUUUGGUAAAGCAGUGAAUGACGAAUUUGGUUGGCUCGGAACGAGGAAUUAAAAAUAUUGAUACCGUCUCCCAACCGAAUUGAGGGGGAGCGCGAUUAAUUGCAGGAGAAAUGUUAUUAAAGAGAGAAAUAUUAUGGGUCAACCAAAUUAACGAGUUAGAGCCGAAGACGUUGACGUGAAAUUGAAAAUGAACGCGCGUUAUAUUAUUGUUGCUGUGAUCCCGAGAUCCGGGUUAUAAAUACUUAUGUAUAUAUAAUAAAUAUAUACACGAGUACAUACAUACAUUUUUUGUCCCUCCCCCCGCCCCUCGCCCCCCCGAUGUCUUUUUCACAGAGAGUUGAAAAAAUGUUGUAUUCUUCGCUUGUACUCUCAUUUCAACAUCGAUAUUCAGUUUUUUCUCUGUUCUGUUUUAUUAUUUUUUUUCCUACAAAUACCCGGAUCUCUCGGACUAUCGAGGAGAAACAGCAAAAAAUUGAGAGAUCGAAGUGGAGAUACACAUUUAAUGAAAAAUUGAAAGGGAAAAAAAAUAUUUUCAAUGUGCCGAAGAAAUGAGCGUGUACAGUUGGCUUUUGAGAAGUAGUCUUCGGCUAAUUUGCGUGCUGAAGCGUCUUCGAGCGAGACGAGCGAGGGGUGUAUAUUGUAUGUAUAUAUUUGGACUUGUCGCGUAGCGACAAAACGGGGACGGCGCGGAGCAAAGUCUUUCAUUUCGAUAUUUGCCAAUUUUCGUUUCGUUCUUUGUCUUUCUUUGAUGAUUAUUAUUAUUUUUGUAUUCCUUCUCUUUUGCUCACGGCUUGUUCUCGUAGAGGCGAAUCGUUUGAUUUUUUAUUUGCGAAAUAACCGUACCGAGAAACUCUCGGGUGUAUGGUACUCAGGCUUGAUCGCCUAUUGGUCUCUUGCGAGGUUACGAAAAACGUCUUAGAAAAAGGAAAUAACGAAUUCGUAUUUUUUCAACGAGCAGGGCCGAAGACGGUCGAUUUUCGUACAUUUUUAUCCGUCGUCAGAUUUUUACUUAUUCCCACUUGGUUUGCACAACGAUUUUUUUUCCUUCUUUUCUAUUGACGUACACGCGUACACUCACGGCGAUCGCAAAGUACCGAUUUUCUCGUAAAAAUUUUUAAAGUACGAUUAAAAUGCAUGAAGAACGCGACAGAGGGAAUAACGAAGAUGAAGAAAUAUAAAUAACGAAUUAAUGAAAAGGCGCGCGAAGGGUGGCUUUUCUCUUUUUCUGUACAUUCUGUAUAUGUGUACAUAUGACAUUUAUUGAUAAAGCGUAUCAUUAAAAAAAAAAAAAAAAAUAAAAAAAAUAAAAAAAAGAGUAACCAUUUUUUGAAUGUACAAAAGGAAGAAAAAAAACAGUAAGGAAGAGAAGAGCGCAGAAAAAUAAUUUCGUUAUUCUUGUCCUUUGAUUCUCAACUCUCGACGCUUCGGCUUCGUUUCUUUCGAGUUUGUUCGUUCACCGAGUUCGUCUAAAUUAUAAAUAAUAUAUUUGUAUAAUGUGACUAUCGUAAACGAGAAUUUUACGACAAAAAUAUAUAGAAACGAAAAAAAGGGGUGAGGUGAAGGAAGCACGAUGAAAACGAGGAAUCGCCUCAAUUUUCCUUCCUCAACGCGCAUUUCUUUCCAAUUCUUUUUCUACUGUUUUUUAACAUUCGUAAAAAAACAAAACAAAAAAACAAUCUUCAUAAACGACGCACAAUUCAAGUCCAUUCUCAGGGCCCAAAUUGAUGUUCGUCGAUAGUCGCGUAGUGCGACGGGGAGGGCUCACAAAAAGAGAGGGCUCAAACAAAACAGAGUCGAGAGAAAGAGAGCGAAACGAAAAUGAAAGCACGAGUUGGUUCUUCCGCGCGGUUUGUCGUUCGAAUAUUUCCUUAUUAUUUUUCAAUUCUCUUUUGUUUUCCGCUGAUCUUGUUUUUUUUUUCUCUCUCUUUUUACUUUUAACGAUAAGGUUUUUAUAUGUAUGAGAGGGGGGGGGGAGGAGACGGAGGAGGAGAAGGGCCCUUUUGAAUUUUUCAUUUUUACCGAUGAAGAAAGGUACGCCCGACGAAUAGGAACCACACACUCGCUAUGUCAGAAAAAAAAACAUAAUAAUAAAAAGAAAAAGUUGAAAAAAAAAACGUUGAAAACAAACGUAAUGAAAAAGAAAAAAAAAAGAAUGAAACGAAGAGAACAAGUUUUGCUGCCGCCCAGGGACGUGUAUUUUUUUCUCUUAUCCACUUUCGUUCUCAUCGUUGUUACAUUUUUUAUUUCGUUCUUUUGAACUUUUUCUUUUUCUCUCCCUUUUUGUUUGUCCUAUUUUCGUAAACAGUGAGAAAGUAUAGAAGCGUGAUAUUUAAUAAGAUUCGUGAGAAUGAAUAAUAUUGUGGUGAUUAUUGAGAGAACGAAAUUUCGCGUGCGUUCGUGUGCGUGUGUGAGUGCGUGUGCGUUGAGAGAGCGAGAAAGAGUCGAAGUCUCUUGUUUCGCUUGGUAGAGAGCCCUGGACAGCGAGCGGCUCUUCUUUUGUUUUUCUCUCUUUUUCGUUUCCAUUUUACUUUCCUUCUUUGUAUAUAUUUGUACAGACGACGGAAGAUCGGCAGGACGAAAAAAAAAUUUAGGAUAUGUAUGUGACUUUAUUUCUAAGCGUACAAAAACAAAGAAACAGCGUCAACUUAGAAAUAUAUAUAUAAAUACAUAGAGCGAGAGACCGAGAGAAAGAGAGAGAGAGAGAGAGAGCAAACGAGAAGAAAAUGCGUGUUUGACGCAAUUUCCCUUUUUUCCUCUCUCAAACGAUUGCUCUUCGAUAGAAAAACUUUUUUUAAUCGCGCUAAUAUAACUCGAGAAAACGACAGACGAAAAUUGAAUGAGAGAGCGAGACGAAUAAUCGAGCAGAUUAUAUAUUAACAGAAAAAAAUCAUAAUAAUAAAUACGGAAAACGAAUUUUUUUUUCUCCUAUCGUAUAAUCCAAAAGGAAAUAUUUACGAAAGAUAUGUACACCGAUAUUUCAGCGAAGAACGAUGAAGAGACGAACCCGUUGACGAUCGAUCCCCACGAAGCUUUUUCCUAUUAUUAUAACGAUAUUGGUAUGAAAUUUUUUAAAAUAAAACACGAGAUAAAGAGAACAUCAACAUUUUUGAGAUGAUAUGUCCCGAAUUUUUUGAUUCUCGUCGGUGUCGCGAGUCUCUUCGUCGGUAGUUCCUAUUCCUCUGAAACCGUUCCAUCACCGUUGGCUCAAUAUUACACUCACGAAAAUAAAGGACACUCGGUAAGAGUGAUUUAUCGAUAACCGAUGAAAUACGAACCAACGAAGAGUCGCGUGAAAGUAGUUUUUUCCCUUUUUUGUAAAAAUAAUGUUUUUCUUUCUCCCCAUUAUUCGGAAACGUUUGCGGUAAUGCUUGAUAAAAUUUAAUCUCGUUUAACUUUUAUUGCGGAUUUACGAAGAUACGAUUAUUCUCUGCUCAUUUUAGUCGAGCUGAUCAGCGAAAUUUUGGGCUUUUUGGCGGCCCCCUUCGUACAAACGGUAAUUGGACGUCGAAGGCGGCGGUUUCUCGUCACGCCUCGUCGAAGAUAAACUCUUGAAACUUUGAUCUCUCUCGCUGCUGAAACACCGAGAAUUCGACUUGAAAGCAUUAUCCAAUGAAUUUGUUGUUUUCUACGUUUUAUCCGAACAGUUGAAUGCAGAAUGUAGUAUUUUGAACUCGUCGAGCUUUCGUCUUCGCCGAGUGCGCGAGACUCAAAAGAACAAAAAACUAAUGAAACCGAUAAAUCUUACUGUCAAAUUCUUAGCCUAUCGAAUUUUUAAUAAACACACCAAUUAAAAUUGUGCGCUGUGACUUGCCGAAAAGCUCCAUUUAUUUUUGUUCUUUCUAUACAUAUGACUCUUGUUGUAUACCGCCAUGCAUACGAAAACACAAAUACGAAAAAUGAUAACUCAACAAAUAUUUAAAUAAAAGUAACAUUUAAAUAAGAGAGAAUUUUCAAAGAACUCGAAAGUAGAAAUUUGUAGUAGUCGGACAAACGAUGGAGAGCAGCAAAAUCGGUGAAAAUACGACGACAACGUUGAGAAACCAAUUCGUUGUAAACGACGGACAAAAGCAUAAACGUAAAACGAAACUUUCUAGUGUAUCAUAACUUUGAGGAAAAACAACAGAAUAAAAACGAAAUAAACAAA